UAGAUUGGGGCCCUACCUCGGCCGCGAGGCCUCGGUUUUCCUGUAACUAACCUCUCAGAGCCAAUCAAGAAGUGAAGACGCGGAGGAAAACACGCCCUCCCGCUCCCGAUCUCCCCUGCUCGGCGGCUCGCCAACCGCAGAGCCGAUCGAGACGGAGCCGCUGUCAUCUCGUUCACCCAGCUGGGUCGCCGCCGCCGCCGCCGGAUUCCGGAGGCCCAGAACCGAAAGCUAAGAAGAAGAAGAAGACAUGGACGUGACUAUCGCCCCGCUCCGCGCUUGGGACGAUUUCUUCCCAGGCUCCGAUCGCUUCGCCCGGCCGGACUUCAGGGACAUUUCCAAAUGGAACAACCGCGUGGUGAGCAACCUGCUGUAUUACCAGACCAACUACCUAGUGGUGGCUGCCAUGAUGAUUUCCGUCGUGGGGUUUUUGAGCCCCUUCAACAUGAUCCUUGGAGGGAUUGUGGUGGUGCUGGUGUUCACAGGGUUUGUGUGGGCCGCCCACAACAAAGACAUUCUCCGCCGGAUGAAGAAGCAAUACCCCACAACUUUCGUGAUGGUCGUCAUGCUGGCCAGCUAUUUCCUCAUUUCCAUGUUUGGCGGAGUCAUGGUCUUUGUGUUUGGCAUCACUUUCCCUUUGCUGUUGAUGUUCAUCCACGCAUCGCUGCGACUUAGGAACCUCAAGAACAAGCUGGAAAAUAAAAUUGAAGGGAUCGGGCUGAAGAGGACACCCAUGGGCAUUGUCCUGGAUGCCCUAGAACAGCAGGAAGAAAACAUCAGCAAAUUCACGGAAUACAUCAGCAAAGUCAAGGAGUAACCGUAGCUCCCUGGGGAUAGGGCUGCUGCAGAAAUCGAGUUGCAGUUCGCCCUCGAUCAGACCCAAUUUCUGCUUGUGUUUUUGAAAUAGGAGGUGCAUGCACACCCAACCACGGAUGGCAGCAUGCAUGCUGUUACCAUCUGUGACGGAACAGAGCAAAGGCCUCAGAAACCAACACAGUCCCCUUAGCGUGUCCGAAGCUUCACGUUUGUUUAUGAAAACAAAAAAUGGAUCACGCCCAUUUCUUGAGAGGAAUAAAAUUAGAGAUUCCACAGCAACAACAUUGUUAUCUUGUAGGGAAAAAUAAAAGUAAUUGUAAGGUAUCAAGGCCGUAGGAGUUAGUGAAAGGCUGCUGAGGUAGAUAAUGCUGUGCAUUUAGCCUGUUUCUAAUCCCCUCCCUGAAAAAAAUUCCCUAGGAUUGUAAUGUGUGGGGCAUAAACUAGUUGACUUUUUAUUCUUUUAAAAUCACAGAUGAUCUCUAUCACUUGGCUGCCUGUUUGAUGCGCAGUGGAAACUGGAUAAACCGGUUGUUUAUACUUCGUUUACAAAUAUAAAGACAGCUGUUUAGGAGCAUAUUUUGUUAAAUUUUUGUAAAUUUUUGAAAUGCUAGUCAUGUGUUUUCCCCAGCUGGUAUUCACUGCAAAGUUAAUGGUUUCUUCCUUCUGGAGGUUACAGCUGUGUUACCUGUAUUAUUCUUGACAGACUUAUUAAAAAAGAAAACCACAAAAAUAAAUAAAAUAAAUGAGUUCUGUUUGUAUGGCA